GUAUGUUUGAAGUUCAUCACCACAGAUAGAAAAAACUGAAGUGCGGUGUUUAUUUUGCUUUUUUGAAAACACGGUAAAUAUUUAGUACAUACAAAGUUAAAUUUCUGUAAAAUUACAUGCUAAAAGAAAUAAUUGAAUAACGUUUUCCAAUAUAAGCUUUAUCGCUGAAUAUAUUAAACAAACAACGCAUGAUGAAUAUAUCCAUACCUAAGUGAUUGCUGUAAAAAAUGUUUAAAAUUGAAUCAUAUGUAACGCCUAUACUGCUGAGCUAUGUGGACAAAUAUGUGCGAGACUUUAAGCCUGCAGAUGCACAGGUAUCACUAUGGGGUGGUGGCGUGGCUCUGCACAACUUGGUACUCAAAGCGGACGUACUGCAGCAGGAGGUGGCGCUGCCGUUCACCCUCGUCUCCGGCCGCAUCCACGAACUCCUCAUACAAGUGCCUUGGACUAAAAUCAUGUCGGAACCCAUUGUUGUCACCAUUGACACUAUAGAAUGUGUCCUAAGUUUGAAUCCCCCUACUUCACCGGAUGGCAGCCCACCAACUCCAUCAUCGAGCCGCAAAGCGCAAGUAGUGGAAGCGCCUCCAGGCUACAUGCAGGCGCUGGUCCGUCGCAUAGUGAGCAACAUUUCGCUGCGAGUGCAUCAUCUCAUCGUGAAGUAUGUGCAGGACGACAUCGUCAUGUCUCUCAAUGUCAAACAUCUGGCCGUGAAUAGCGCUGGACCGAACUGGGAGCCAGCCUUCGCAGAUAUUGAUCAGGUUCAGCCGAUGAUAAGGAGGCUGGUGCGACUAGAUGAUCUGACGCUGUGUCUCGAUAGGUCAGACGUCGAUGGCAAGAUAAGGUUCUUCCAAGAGCCUAUACUAUACAGAUGUCAGUUAGAUCUCAGAGUGUUAACCCGCUUAGUGUCGGCAAAUACCCGUCGAGCAACCAGUUUGAAUAUUCAGUUGCGCUCAUCUAAGCUGGCGUGGAGCGUCACCAACGAGCAACUGGUCUUACUCCUGAGGCUGAUCAAGGAGCGACCGACGACCAACACCAAGAUACCACCUCCGCCAAAACAAUCGGCGCCACCAGAUUCUUUGAAUACGGCGUCGUCGAACUCAGCGGAGCCGAAUCGGUCGGAGAGCUGGUCGGAGUGGGCGUGGUCUUGGCUGCCCACGUGGACGGACCGCGAGCCGGGAGUCGAGGAGCCGCCAGUCCUCGCCACCGCGCUACCGAUAUACUUCAACGCCUACUUCGAUGAUGUUGCGUUGGUCUUCAAGGUUUUAGAGUUAGACAGCAACCGUAAACGAUCACGUGCUGUGUUAGAAGUGUCUGCGAAUUACGCGGCGCUCAAGUCUUCGAUAUGUAAUCCUACUUAUUUGCGAGUUCGCUUCGGAGCAAGAGAACUGACUGUUCGGUCGCAUGGCAAGUGCAUUUGCGGAUACCUGAAUUAUCACUCGUCCAACUUCGAACCGACGGUGUACCUGCAUAAGAUUGCCGACGCUACCACAGAAAGCAAUGAAGAAUGGACGUGGCCUGAAGAAGACAUGGGAGAAAAAGUUGAGACGGGGGUAGCCGUCGACGAGACCUACCAAACAUCGUCUAGCCAGGCUGCGGUGAAUUUACAACAAAAUAACAUUGUACCAGAAGGUGAUUCAAAAGACGUUGAGGAUAAGACGCAGUCGGGCACACUGCAAGACGAUAAAGCUGAACAUGAGGAAGUCGAUGAACUGUGGGCACAGAUGGCGCCAAUAGUCUUCGUGGAAUACAUACACGAACGUGCCGCGCCCAAUCCUUUAGCCAACCCUUACGAAAACCCGCCUAAGGACUUCGAAUAUAGCGACUGGGUAGAGGAAUGCACUAUGGCUAUUACCGUGGAGCCCAUAGAACUGAGGGUGUGUAUGGGACUGAUACAUCGACUUGGCGCUCUCAAAGCUAUAUACAAAGAGCAAAUGCAAAAUACACCAGACCAACCGAAGCGAGUUCUAACGGUUGAGGAAAAGGAGUCUUUGUACGAGAACUUGCCUCAGAAGCGAGUUAAGAUGGAAAUGAGGGGUGUUCGGGUUCGCAUCAUACCGUGGGGCCACGGUCUUACCGACCGGCCCGCGCCGCCCGCCGCUGUGUUAGAAGUCGAUAUGCCUAAAACCAGCGCUGUUGUCGUGGCUCCCAUGUAUCCUCAUAGGGUAUGUUCAGCAGCAAGUCAGAUGCCCGAAGACUCGGGUCCCUUGUGGCAAGGCGCCCGUCGUAACACUACCAUUACACUAAGCGCGUUGAGUGUUAAACUGACUAACGCAGAGGGAACCGUCACAAGACCCUGUGCCCAAGCCGACUUGAAAGUCAUCACCCGACAGCUACUCUAUAAGAAGUUCUUCGAAGACAGAGAUUCUAUUGCGCUGUCUUAUCAUGUGAGAAUGAAGGAGAUGAAGAUGUACGGAUCGUCCGCGCGGCUUCAGACAGCUUACAACGUCGUCAUGUCACUUGUACACGAGCGUCGAUCCGUGGCUAUGAAAUACACCACCUUGGCCAAGGACGCGCUUAACGAUGAAGAGUCAGUCGCCAUAGAUUUAACCCUGGAGGACUAUGCGAUGCGCGGGUACGCGACACAAAACGUGAACACUCACGUGGUCUCGCUGCAGUCGGCUAAAAUCACUGCUUUGCAUGAACCAAAGACAGGGGAAAUGAAACAAGCGUGGCUCCUGUCCGCACCUGAUGCGUCGACAACAACGCCGUUCUUCCGUCUAGCAAUCCAAUGGUGCGCUAUACCUUUGGAAAACUCGUUCGACUACUGCGGAAUAUGGACAGAACCUUUUGCCAUGUCUGUCGACCCACUGCUCUUGUCGUGGCUUGCUUAUCUGCCUACUUCGAAAUCGGAUGCAUCAACGAUCUGCGCACUGAAGGGCAUGUCAUCGAUGUCUCAAAACUCUUUUCGACGUCGUUCAACACCACCGUCUUCGAGCGGACGCGGCGGCAGUCGAACGAAUUCUGCGCGAGGAGCUGAGCUGGUGCACAUGCGCUCUCGCAGCCAGGGCUCCAGCAGCGAGCCGAGCGAAAAGAAAGAGGUCAAGAUGCCCGUCCCUAUGCAGUCGCAACCAGCCGAGACGUGGUGGACGGCCGAGAAGUUAGCAGAUGUCUACAAGCGGCUGAAGGGCUUAUUACUCAGCGUGGAGCUUGGCUUGGCGCUGGUGUACGUGACCAUGAGCACGGCGUCAGCUAUCGACUGCGCCACGCUCAGAGACGCUAUGGAUAGGCAUGCCGCGGGCGCACAUCGGGUACUGGCUAUCAGUCUUGGUCGCCUUUCGAUGUGUUCAAGUGGUGCUUCCAAACAGCUGUGGCAAGCUUUACGACAUGAUGGUCCUACUUUUAUUAAAGGCAUUUCAGGGAUCCUCAAAGACUCGUUUCCUUGGAAGCUAGCCCUUUCGGACGUAUCAUGUCACACUCUAGAAGUAUGUGCGGCGCCUGUGAGCUCCGAAGGACACGAGAAACCGACCAAUGCCGGUCUAAAGUCGAACCUUAGAACGACUAAACUAGCGACGGCAAAAACCAUACUAGAGCUGGUUUCUACUACUGUCACAAUAUCUGUAGUGACCAAGUCUGUGCAGUACAAGACUGUAUCCAAGAAGGAAACGAAGAAAUCCUCUGCGGUCGCUGUUGAAGAGAAGAAAACAAAGUAUUUCACCAGCGGAACGGAGUUUAAACCAUCUACUUUGAGGGAAUUCAUACGUGGUCCAGCAGGAAGAAAAAAGAAAUCAGCUGAUUCGUUACUGGCUGACCAGGCGCCGGAGGACGCCGACGAUGAAGUUGUAACUAUAACUGAGGGGCCGAUAGUGUCUCUAGGCGUCCACGUACAUGCCGACACGCCGCCCAUUAUCAUCCGAUUGGAACAAGACCAGCUCCACAUAGUGGCUGCAGCGAUACACUGUUUCACCCACAUUAAUACCUUGAUGAAACGCCCGCCAGUUAAUCUCCCCAGGCCUACUACAUCUUCAAUGGGAGGCUCGCAUAAAUCUCUUAUACGGUCUGUGUCGGACAUAGAGGAAGUUCCGUCGGUUUCGGAAGAUCUGAGUGACGCUCACUCUGAACUGAUAUCGAUAUUUGAUCGCGCAGCACAAAGACAAAGACCAUUGAAAACGUUCUUCUGGUUCCAAUGGGUGGUUAGCCGCGCAACGCUAAUAGUGGCCUCGGAGACCGUGAAGUUGGCACUCGAUAUGGACGACAUGAUUCUUACCAUUGAUAUACAGCAAGAGUACAAUCAGCUCAAAAUAAAACUGGCAUCCGCAUCUAUCAAGCAUUAUAAACGGGAUGACAACGACGAAUGGGUGGCUGGCGUGAUGAGUGGCAGAGUACUGGAGGUCAGAGAGCCCGCCAAAGCUGAAGAAGACGCACAUUUUCUAACUGUCACCGUCACACAAGCACAGGUAUCUAACUUACCUCCUGGCUGGAAAGAAGAAUUACACCCUAAAUUAUUGGAACAGACUAAUAUGUCUGAUGAUGUCGUAUGGGAAGUGUAUGCGACGCUGGCCCCACUGGAAGCGCUGAUUCAGCCAGACAUUCUGGAUAAUGUUAUGUCUCUGGUCAGAGAGAUGGCGCCACGAGCAUUCUGCCCGCUGAAGGCUGAGAUAGAAAAAAGGGAUACGGUUUGGCAAUGGCCGUACUUUUAUUUAACGGCGGGGGGUAUUCGAGUGCUGAUCACAGGGGAACAUUUGGCCAAAGAGAAAAAUGUGGAUGACACCAUUAUAUUGUCUAUAGGAUCCAUCAGUGUCAAUCCGCAUCCAGAGAAUCCUAUUUGCCGACGUACAAUAAGUGCGACCCCGGACGGUGGUUGGCAGGCAGCCGCUGGUGCUUUCGAAGGGCGUCAGUAUGAGGUCGUGAUGCAAACAGUGGCGCUACACUCUACACAGUUCAAAGAAAUGACUCAAGCUGAGUCGGUAAGCGCAGAGUGUAAGGGUACGGGAAGUGAAAACCCUGCCCUGAAGUGGAGCCAGAGAAUCAAGAUGCCAGAUAUCGUGCCUAUACUACAUCCGCUGGAGGUAUGCUGCGUCCUUGCUCCCGCGUUAUACGUGAGCGGCGUGCUGGCCAGCGGUCCGGCGAUCGAGUUCAACCUCGUGUCGGACUGCAGCUUCGAGUUCGGCGUCGAACAACUAGUGCUGCUCGACCAAUUCUGCAAGGAUUUCGUCAACGCGGCGCAAACUGAUUACAUCUCUGUUGGAUCAGUGCAAGCGAUAGACAAGCACGGCGUCUGCCCUUACGCGAAUCUCAUCAUGAGCGAUCUAGACUUCUACUCGGCGAGCGAAAUGACGGUCGACGACACAGUGUUUGACCACAAGGUCAAUGUUGAGGCAGGUCGCACAUGUGACUCCGGUAUAGAGACGAUUGCUUCAUCCUCCAAAACUAAGACGACUGAUGACGCGCCGCCCCUAAGGAGGUCCUUUUCCGUGGGAUUUGUUGAGAAUCCAUGCCCGUCGCAGUUUCUAGAAGUUUUCGUGACGAUGGGCGUAGUAGAAGUUUCUUUGUAUAUAGCGGAUGACAAUAGCCCGGAGGUGGGAGCGUUGCGUCCGCCCGUCGCGAGCCCGACGAAGCCCGUUAGCCCUGAACCAUCACAGAAUGUGCAGGAUCAGCCACUGAAACUAAUGGAGUCGGCGACCCGCGUGACGAGUCGCAGUCUCACCGAGAUGGUGCGAGAUGCAGAUGUCGGCCAGACGCUCAUAGACACGCAGACAACCAAGAUUGUCGCCGCUCGUCGCGGCGUGGGCAACGUGCCCCUCGCACAAAUCACCAUGUACCAGCCGAACAUCUACUACUGGAAACGGAAGACACAGAAAACGCUGCAGCUAUCUCUGUUUAAUGCGUGGAUAGCCCUGGCCGCGGGCGGCACGAGCAUGAUGCUGUUGUCUACGGCGAAGGGUGUGCCAGACCCGGUGUCGGACAUACCGCCCGCGCUCGCCACUUUCAAAGUUGUCGCACCGGUAUCCAGUAUGCCUAACCCUACAAGUACGAGUUCCCGUGGCACCAUGCGUCUUGACAUCGAGAAACCUGUGCAGAUAGACUUAUCUAAGGACAAGCUCACGAGAGUCAUUGGCAUAUCUGAUCUGCUGAGAGCACGCCUGUUCCACCAAGUGACCCAGGAAGCCGAUUCUCCCCCCUUGUACAAACUUAAGAACAGAUUGGUCCGCGAAGGCAUGGAGAGUGUCACAAUACAUACGAGUCAGAUCAGCGUGGCCGGGGCCGAGGGUAUAGUCGGCUGGGACAGUGCCUCCCUGCAGAUCUCGGCCAGCGCUCGCCCUGAGAAGGUGAAUGCACGAGGACUGAUUACCGCGUUGCUAGUGGCAUCGGGACCGCCUGGAGAUCGUCGUCAUGUCGUCUUACAACCACUGAUUGUUGGUGUGGAGCUACAAGCACUUUGGGAGGCUUGGCGACGUGCCGAGGGAGGAAUGGCAGCCCGCGAGCCGACCGUCAAGAUAAAUAUCGAGCUUGAUGACGUCACUGUCGAUAUCAGACCUAUUGAGCUCGCCACGUAUAACCGGCUGCUGAAAGUGUACCAACAAAUCGCUCAGAAUCGCUCGAAAUCGCAGGUAGGCGCGGUGAGCUCGGAAACGGUGACGAAGUCCCAUUCGCCGUCUAUUUUACCACGUAUCUCGUCGUCUUGUCCUUCGAUGCAAAACUACGGGCGUCGGCCCUCGCCUGUCUUCAUCGAUGACGAAUCAUCGGACCACUUUUACAAGGAUGACCUAAGGAGCGGUGCGUUCAAGAUUUUAAGCGGCGGUCAGUUCCCGAUGGCGUACCAAGUGAUGCUCUAUGGUAACGCGGUGUCGUGGCGGUACCCGCAUCCGCGAGCCAUUACGAGAGUGGUCGCAUUUCCUAUACCCGGACAGGACAAGGAGAUAGACUGCGUAUUGGAGUUGUACAACUCAAUGCUGGUGAGGUGGGAAGCUCAUACGUUCUUCAAACUGCCUACUGGCGAGCCGAGAGAACUACGGCUUUUCGUUAGACCACCAGAAACUGUAUUCGCAAUAAUGUGGCGCUUCCGUGUAUGUUCGGUGACCGAGCCGAAGGCGGCGCCCUUCGAGUUCGAUAUGAAUAAGUUCAUGCCGAGAUCUGAUCCAUUGGUGUUAGACGAGCCGCAAUUCGUGGGUGACGCGCGAGUGACGGCUGGUGUAUCGGCCGAGGAACUACUGGGAGUGUUACGAGUGGACUCGUACUUCGCGCCGCGACUGUUACCUCGCAUCAUGGUCGCGCUUAGACUCGCACGUUUACAAGUACACGCGCACAACUCGCUGCCUGAUAUUAGCAGUCACGAGACAUUUCUGGAGGGCUACUACGUGUCGAAGCCGCUGAUGAAAACACAUCGCGUGCUCAGUUUCACCGUCAGCAAUACUGCUGCGUACGCGCACAUCAACUCGCCCGCCGGCACGCUACUCGUUAUGGAUACCAAUACAUCUUCCGACAUGGUGGAUUGCGCAACCGGCACGAUGGAGCCGAUCAUGCAAGAGUUCCGUGUCCAGGGAGCCAUCUCCGCUCACAACGAUAUAAUGACCGGUUCGCGAUGUCGAGUUAUGACCACUGGCAUUCACGUGGCCAUGCAUGUGUCCAGGCUACGAACAUUACAGGCUCUCUUUAAUGAUUGGAAGACUGCUUAUGAUGAGUAUGUCCUGGAACUACCGCCUCGCUACACGGAGGAGCUGCCCGAUACAAGGAAGCACAGUAGGCACGAGAUCGCCGCGGCCAUGGCGUUGGCUCUCGAAGGCCGCGUGGUGCUGUGGAUACACAACAGUUGUGCCUCCGCUAUGAGGAUUGGACAAGAGGAUACUGAUGAAGUUGUACCGCUUGGCCCCGGCGCAAGGCUUGCUUAUAGGUGGCGCAACCCAACGGCUUCGAGGAGGCUGCGAAUCGCGCUCGCCGGGCCAACAGCUGAUUGGCACUGGUCAGCCAGUAUACCCUUCGCGAUUGGAACUACUCGAUUGAAGAUUGAGACUCCCGAGUCAGUGAACAACAAGCAAUUUGCUUCUAUGGGUGCCGUGGUUCAUGUGAAGGUCGAACAGCUGGGAGCCUGCAGAUAUAUGCACCUGUCUGGGAGACUGGUCUUGGCGAACAUGCUUCGAGCUACUUUACUGUAUAAGGUUAAAAGUCGCCUUAUGGAAGGGCCGCAAUGGCGUACGGUGUGUUCGGGCGAGUUGGCCGCCGAGACGGUGGGCCGCAGCGUCAUCUGCAGUGCCGAUAACGACAUGGUGCUCAAGAUCAAGUUCAGAUCACACAACACUUGCUGGUCAGGCGAUAUACCGCUGAAAGAAUGCCCGAAGGAAAACGUUCCAUGGUUGGUUAAAGUGCCAACGGAGGGAGAAAGCCAGUUCGUUUCGAUAUGGUGCCGCGUGGUCCGUGGUCGCGCCGACGGACGAAUCCUGGCGACACUCUGGCCGCUUUACAUACUGCACUCGCAUCUACCUCUCGACACUGAUGUCCUAAUAGUAACAGAAGCAAUGACGACGACGAGUGAGGACUUGACCCCGGUAACACAGCAACUACCGCCGAUGUUGCAAACGACGCCAGGCCGCGGUUCUAGCACUCACCUGCAAGCGCCCGGCACUACCGCCGCUAGACAUAGCCUGUCUUUCCAAUAUAGGAACAUAGAAUGUCCGGUGACUCGCGAGGCCGUCCCCCUGCAUUACGGUGUAACUGAUACUUCAGUGUUCGACAAGCGAACUCCCGUCAUGAAUAUCGAAGACGUCAUUACCGAUGUACUGCAAUGGUUGGAACGCUCAUCACGCAAUGCAAACUCUGCGUGGCCGUACUCUUUGGUCGCCAAGCAUUGGGGCGGCGACUGGCAGCCUGCAUCUCUGCAGCCGAGGUGUGACGUCGCCGUUCGUUAUCAAGCCGUACGAGCCGGCGGCGGCUGCAGCUUAGAGAUCCUUCUUAGUCCUAUCGUGUUACUAUGCAACGCUACGCCAAUACCGCUCACGCUCAGAGCGUAUGACGCUGCUCCGCUCUGCAAACUCGAACCUGGGUCAGCUCUGUCUCCGCCUUCAGCUAUCAUCAAGAAACCGUUCUUCAUGUCAGUAGAGGUGGGUCGCGAGACGUUCGUCAGCUGUCAGCUGCAGGUAGCUACUGAGGAGCCGGGACGCUACGGCACGCUGCCGCCAGGACAGGUCGCGCUUGACCAUCCCGCCAACUUCUCUAUACUGUGCAAUCAGAAGGUGGCGCUCCUGACAUUGUAUUACGAAAUCAAGGAGCAAAUCAACGUGCUCGGCGUCUCAUCCACGUACUUACUUGUGAAUAGGCUCGGAACUGAAGUUUUGGUGUCAGCAAUCGCAGUACCGAGCCAUAUGGACGACAGUACCAUGUUGCGUCCUAAGACUUUCAAAGUGGUACCGCCAUCUAAAGAAGGAAGUGAAUACGGCACAUCAUUAUGUCGUUUCUGGCUCCGCGGCCGGUGGCGGGGUUGCGACCCUAUAGAGUUACGCGCCUACUUGUGUUUCGCGUUACCCGCUACAACGUUCCAGGGAAGAGAACCCGUGCCCAUACGCUUGGGCCAUCCGCCGCUGAGGCGAGCCAUGGCCCUUGUUGAUUCCAACCAAGUUUCGAUCCCGAUCGUAGUGAGUCAGAUAAGGCACGACAGCCGCUGGAUGAUAGUGAUCGCUCACGACCCGUGCCCGCAGUUCCUCGUGCACAAUCACACGAGACUCACCCUGCAGGUCGCCGAGCCUGUUCACUCGCCUGAUGAACCCUCCACUUCACGCGUAGAGCCGAUAACAGAAUGCGCAGGCACUACUUGGUGGUGCACCGUUCUCCCCAACUCUGCGGUGCAUUACUCUACGCCGUCAUACUGUGCCCGCUAUCCGCCUGAAACGAUGCCUCCCAGCACCGUGUCCUCGCCCUACCUCACGUUCUCUAAAGGGAAAGAAUUGGACGAGGACUGGUGUCCGCCUGUGAUAGCCGUGGACGGUGAACAACUGAUUCAGUACUACGGCGGCAUUACCAUCAAGCUGCGCGUACGCACGCAUCCACAUUCUACGCUCAUCGAGUUACAAGAUGUCGACCAUAACGACAUAUCGGCGAGUGACAUAAGGAAACGUUUACUUGGCGCUUUUGAAGCGAAGCCAAAUAAGAUAGAUCCAUCAUCAUCCGCUUGUCUGGAGCGCACCGGUGCAGAUUGUAAGCUGUUAAGCGAUAGCCCCGCCCGGUCAUCGAGCACCCGUAUAGACACAACCCGAGACGCGGCCAAUGAAGGGACAUCGAGUCCGAAACAAGAUUCGGAAAGUGUGUCUGAGGACGAGAAUCUUACCUUCAAGUUUGCUCAGUCCGUCGAAAAGAUGAUCAAGAGAAGUGGUGAAACUGUCACCAUGUUUGUGGAUCCUUCUAAAGCUUUAGAUUACAGCUCCGCGAAUAUGUACGCUGCCGAAUGUCACAGUCAAAUGAUUCAUGCCACGAGUGAAGUCUUCUCGUCGCAUACUUCGGUGCUUGGAGAAAUGGACGAUCUUUGGGCGGAGUGCGAGCGUUUCCGCUGCGUCAUCGCCGGCAUAGCGGUGGAGGUGUCGUCCGCUUGUGACAUCAAGCCGCUGUUGGCGUUGCAUCUCGACCGCACUGUGCUGCUGGUGCAGGGAGAUAGCAAGAAAACAAAAACGAUCCUAUCAAUAGCAGACGCUCAGAUCGACAACCUACAGUACGACACCGGACAGUAUGACUUCGCGGUUGUCGCGAGCACUCGAGCGGAGCCUCUCGCCGCCGACCGCUGGCCGCCGCUGUGGAACAUGUUCGCCGAGAGGAAUAUAUUCUCCACCAGAGCUGCCUCCGCUCGACUGCUGUUCAAACUGCAGCAUGAUAAGUGGGAGGUCGUCUCGCAGACGUAUAGUGAACUAACGGAGGUAGAAAUAAGCCUCGGCACGCUAGCUCUAUACAUAGAAGAUGCGUACGUGAAGGCAUUAGUUGACAUGUCACACAUGUUACUGCCCGCUACUACUAGCAGUGAGUCGAGCUCGCAGAACGAGGAGCGAUCUAUACGGAAGCCGCUGCGACUAAGAUUGUUGCACGUCCAUCCCUUAGAUCUCACGUUAACGCUGCAUACAGCCGUGCGAAUGUACAUAGCAUUGGACCAGAGCCCGCUGCGACUGAGCGCGUUCAAGCUACACGACAUGAUGACGUCAGCCGAACGUCUCACGCAUGCGCUCACCGUACACUACCUAUCCGCCGCCAUAUUGGGUGCAGGUUGGGUAGUCGGCGGACUAGAACUUCUAGGCGCACCUGGAGCGCUAGCUGCUCGAUUGGGCGGGGCCACUGGUGGCGUGAGGGGCGUGGCCUCUGCCGCAGCGGCCGCCCUCCUCCGGUCCCUGAGUGCGUGGGCGGGGUCACUGGCCAGGAAUCUGGAUCUAUUGGCUGGUGAUGAGGAGCAUGCAAGACGGGCGGCGGCGGCGAGAAGACGGCCCCCUCCUAGCUUUGUAGCUGGCCUCAUGGCAGGCAUCACCAACUUCGCUAUCAAUAUAUUAGGUGCGGUUGGAGGUCUAGCACAUCACCCACUAGUGGGCGUGGCAGUGGGCGAGACUGAGAGCGGGGCGGCGGCAUUACGCCGCGGGCUGCUGGGCGCGCUGACUAAGCCGCUCAGUGCCACCGCCGACUUGGUGGCGUAUGCCGGCUCCGGCCUGCUCAGACAGACGGGCUGGGACCCCGUGCCUGAGCCCCGUCACUCGUGGCCAGCUAUAGAGCCUCGCACACAGGCGGGCUGGCAACGCGACUGUGUGCGGUGGAUGUUCCGACUGUGCGAGCUCACGGCAUUCACCGGCUUCGAAGUCCUGCUCGAUAAGGCGCCGCUACAACUGCUCAUCACGCAUAAGUUUUUGGUGGUAGCUGACCCCGAGUCGGAGCGCGUUGUAGAGACCAUAGACUUUCGAUUUUGUUCUCUUGGACCUUAUAAAGGAGAGAUCAUUGAGUUAUGUGUGCUGCAGAAGAGACACACAAAGACAUCAGAUUCAAAACCAAAUGAUGAUGAUGAAGAUUUUCAGAUCAGCGCCGCAGCCAUGGCCCGCGUGGCUCGCUACACGGGGUCGGAAGGGGCGCAGGCCGAAGUACGAGUCCUCACGCUGCUGCCGCCGCCGGGCCGCUCGUACGCGCUCCACGCUGCCCUCGCCGCAGCCCUGCACCACAAUGCCGACACGCACUUCCCCAUGCUAUGACGAUACACGCGGUACCCCAUCCUUCCCCAUGCUACGAUGACACACAAGGUACCAUCCUUCCCCAUGCUACGAUGUUAAACACGGUACCAUGAAAAAAAUAAAAAUAUUUAUUAGUUGCGAUUGGAGCCUCCUGUUAAUCAUAUACAGAUUAGACAAGCCUUUAUUGGGAGUACCAUACUGCCCCAUGCUAUGAUAUCAUGCACCGUACCAUACAUGUACAAAGGAGAUAGAUCGGCAAUCGAGUGAUUUUUAGUAAAGCCAAAAAUCAAAUUUAUCAGUUGAUUUUUUUUUUUUGUGAUAAUCAAUAUAUGUACUGUGUAAUUGGAGAAAGAACAUUAAAAACGUUUUUCAAAAUAUGUUGUUGGAAUUUGCGUUUGAUACAUACGGGAUCGCUGUAGGCCUCUAGAAUGCAAGUUUUUUGGCCUCAUACCACAUACAGUUAUCUGUCACCAUCGAUAAUGUACCACGUAUCAGAUAGAACGUUCCGAAUAAUAGUUUUGUCAAACUCAAUUGUACUUUGCACUUCACACCAGCCGCCAGGUUGGAUGACAUCAUGAACAAUGUCAGUAAUCUAAUUUGUUUAUGUAAUAUUAAACCUUGUUAAAGCAUUAAUAGCUAGUAAUUUCGUUAAAAUUCAAUAUUAAACAUAAUGAUUUAUUUGCACGACUUGCCAUCGUACAAUCAACAGAUAACAUAUUAUGCAGAUAAAUCAGUUGUAUGGAUGUUCUUGUCUAUCGUUGGAAUAUAUGACAAUGUCUGUCACGCAUUGCCGGUCUAUCAAAUUGAUCCUAAAUCUAUGUACGGCACGAACCGAGAACCAUCUCAAUGUACAAAGCGAAUUGGUGGCGCCACUGUAGCAUGUGGGCCAAUCAAUUUGGGCCACUGAGUUAUGCUAUUUUGUUGAAUAUGUUUUACCUAAAUAUUUUAUAACUGAAGAAUAUACUUACUAUGAAUUUCACAUCCUUCGCCUAAGCACACUGCAAAUAUUUUUUUAUGCCAAACCUAUUUUGUUGUUUUUUGAGUUGUAAUUCAAUGUUUAUUAUGAUUGUUCUCUUUGCCUUUAUCGUACGUGAACAGUUCAACAAACAAACAACCAAUUUAAGACUUUUAUGAUAGUAAAACGUGAUUAUCAUUUUAAGUAAUGCAAAGACAAUAGAAGUAAUUAUAAACAAAACAAGAAGAUAUUAAAAUGGUAAUAAAAAUCAUGGCCCAUCGGUCACGCGAAUGACAACAUCUUAUUUUAUAUUAUUAUUAUUACUAGCCUAUAAUGUCCCACUGCUGGGCAAAGGCCUCCCCAUCUCGCUUCCACACUUCCCGAUCCUUCGACCGAGUCCACCAGUCUCGACAGUAGGCGUCUAAUUCGUCACGCCAUCUCUUCCGGGGCCUACCCCGCCUGCGGUGUCCAUCCUGGGGUGUCCACUGGGUGACAAUAGUGGCCCAUCUUUCCGGAUGCAUACGGCUAACGUGUCCGGCCCAGUUCCACUUCAAUGUUGCCGCCUUUCGGCCUACAUCAGCAACUCCUGUUCUGGAACGUAUAACGGUAUUUCGGAUGCGAUCCGUCCGUUUAAUGCCUAAAAGGCUACGUUCCAUUGCUCUUUGGCAAACCUUGAGUUUGGACUUCUGACACUCGGUAAGAGACCAAGUUUGCGCACCGUAGGUUAGGACGGGCAAGAUGCACAUGUCGACUAAUUUUCGCUUGAGUGAAAGGGGAA